CCUUUGUGUCUAACGUUAGAGCUACUGGGCCACAUUCAUCAGUAAACUCGAGGUGCUUUGCACUGCUGCAGUGAUCCAAGCUAGCUGUAAAAUCUGACUUAUUCAGCCGGUGAAGCUGUGUUUAUCAUACUGGCUGCCUUAGAUGCUCUUGUAUGUCAAGGUGUAGUGGAUGGAUGGGAUAAAGGUAUUCUAUAAAUGGACUCCACUGGAUCAACUGGAAUUUCUACAUUUCCCAUCCAAUUCCACAGGAACCUGGUUCAGCUUUACUUGCUAGGACACUUUCACUUCGUGACCUGAGGCAACUUUGCAUCAGUUGUCCAUGAGCUAAUCUAUGCUGUGCCAAGGAUUCUAGGCUCAUCCCGUUCCAUCUAAUCCGAAUAAAUGAAGAAAGUGACUAUGAAAUCGCAACAUCUACCAUCUGCUAUUUCCAUCAGUGAGGACAAGUACAUUACCAGGGAUCAACUUAACUCUUUACUGAAGACGUAUAACUAUUUUUAUGCUGACCAAGAGAAUCUGCAACUCUCCUAUAAUCAGCCAGAAGGCAGCAAACCAGUUAUCGAAGGUAUCCUGGCUAUUUUUUGGGGAGUACGUUGUCCCAUCUGGUUAAAAAUCCAAGAUGAGAAGCAAAUUCCUCCCUUUGUGACUCUGAGGUCGCCAGAGCGUGUGGGUUUGCUCCCUAGUAAAAGGGGGAUGAUGCGCUGGGGAGAAGUUCAUAAUCUCCAUCACAUUAGUGAAGAGAUACCAAAUUCUUCAGAAGAUCCCCCAAACCGUGAGGAAGGUUGCUUCUCUUAUGAGAGCAGCACCCUGAAGCCAAGGAGGGUGCCGGAGCUCAACUCCCUGACCCCUCACAGAACCAGAACUUUGAGUGAUGCUGCACAAGUGAGGAAAGGGGCAAAUUCCCCCACAAUAGCCAGAAAAGACGUGGAAACGCACCGGUUCUCCAUUAAUGGGCAUUUCUACAACUACGAGACAUCAGUUUUCACUCCAGCCUUUGGAUCAGAAACUAAAAUAAGAAUAAACAGUAACAUGAAAACAGGAGAGGUGAUAGAGCAACUGCUUCAGAAAUUUAAGAUUGAAAACAGUCCACAAGAAUUUGCACUUUAUAUCAUCCAUGCAUCAGGAGAAAAGAAAAGGCUCAAGAACACAGACACUCCACUGCUGGAGAGACUUUUACAGGGUCCCUCAGAAAAGAUUGCCCAAUUUUUUCUUAUGGACAAGAAUGCAGAAGAAGUUACCAGUGAUGUUGCUCAGUACCUUAAAUUUCACGUUCCUCUUCUGGAAUCUUUUCUGCACAAACUAGAUGAAGAAGAAGAACGGGAGAUUCAACAGACAAUUGCAAAAUACGUUAGGGAGAAGGAUAUCAUACGUCAGCACCUUGACAGUAAAACAGUAAUAAAAACGGAGACUACUAUAUAAUGUCACAGCCUGCAGCUGAUAAAACACUUCCUCUAAGCCAAAGGAGACUUAAUUUUCUAUCCCUUAUAUCCUUGGAAAUAUUGAGAAUGUGCCAUAACACUGACAUCUUUAGCACAUGGGCCUGUCAAGUGGGGUGAGGUGUGUUGCUGGUGACUGCGCAUCUGGGAUUGAAAAGAAACUCCACUGCGAUCUGAAUGGGAAUUAAGAAGAGCUGAUAAAAACCGUAUUGUUCUCUAGCAUGGGUACUGCUCAUUGUGAACACUCAUGUAACUUGAAACUUUAGAAAGGAGAAAAGCCAAUUAAAAGGGCACAGCUUUGAAACCUGUUCACUUGCACCCCACUAGCCAGAGCAUUGUGAAGAGAGAAAUAUCGUAAUCCCCCAGAUGGAGUAAGAAUCGUACAGAAAACUGAAAAUAAAGUCAUAGGCUGUCUUUGUUUUAGAGAAAUUGUUUAGUGUGAGUCUGGGGGUGCGCGUUAAUGGAUCUAGAGCCAAAUUUACAAAGGUAUUUAGGCACGUAAGCAGGUGAGGUAGCUAAAUCCCAUUGAAAGUCAAUGGAUGUUAGGCACCUAAGUCCCUUCCCUUUGUAAAUCAGACCUUUAGUGUUUUAGCUUGAAUAAGAAGAUCUGAAAAAGACUCUUCCCCUCAUGCUUUGUAUUUAAUCAACUGAUUAAAAAUAAGAGGUUAAUUUUUCACCUGAAACUCCUUUUUAAGUCACUGUAUAUUGAGCUCUCUCUAAACAUGAUUACAAUUGAUCAGUUUCUUCAAGACCCCACAGAGGUAUUUUCUUUGGGAUAAGAAAUGGAUUACUUUCCUAUUUCCUUGUUCCUUCUUCUUGUUUGGAGGCUGAGGUGGGCUCUGUUCAGCAGGCAAAAAUAUGUGUAGGCAGUACGAACCCAGUGAGUACCGCUGGGGCAGACUAGCAUAAUUCACCCAUGUCCCUGAGGAUGCAGGGCUCAGGCAUUGUGUGGCCACAGCGCAGAGUCUGUAUCAGUCUCUUCCUUAAUAUCAUUCACUUGGAUCACACAUCCCAAGCAUUUUGCUAAGGCCAAACUUGCCAACCCUAAAUAAAGCCCAUCUAAUUCAUAGGAAUAACUCCCUGCCCCCUGUUAUCAUGCUGUCUUUGCCUUUUGUCUUGUGGUUUCUAUGUCCCAUGCUGAGCUGUCAUGUACUUAUGCAAAUUACACAGGACAAACAUCGAGGGGUUGCUGUACCAUAAUGCACAAUAUGCUGCCGUAGAACAUAGUGGAAUAAAUUACACAACUAUAAAUAACCACUUUACUCUUGCCUGAGACAUGGUAACUUGGAUGGUGCAUCAAAAAUGAAAAGCACUGGUGUUAAGGGGAAUUAUUAUUAUUUAUCAGCAACUAGUUUAUUUUAAUGUACAGCUUCUUGUAACCCUGCCUGGGCACUUUUUAUUAAGGUGCUUAUUUUUUAGCUAAAACUAUUCCGCAGUCAAGAAUACGUAGUAUUAAAUAUCUCAAAGCUAGAACUGUCAGUUCCUUACGCCAAUAAAUGCAGCUGCGGUAUUUGAAAAGUUUCAUUGCCAAACCUUAAAAAAUGGGAAAUAUGAGCCAAAAGGUUUAGGCUUGUAAAGGGUAGGCCACAUUUCAAUGAAGUCUGGACCAAUUUAUGGUUUUGGGUCAAAACCAAGUAAAUUAAAUGAUUGUGUGGUUUCCCCCCAAACCCACUCACAAGUUACAGUUUUAGCUGAGCUUCACAUUGAGUUUUCAGUUCACUUGAAGAUGUAGUGCAAUCUUUGGCACUGGUUAGAUGGCACUACAGCGUACUUAGGUAUUAUUAUAUUAAUGUAACUGGAGUACAAGGCUUCUGACCGAUUAGAAAUUAUACAAUUUAUUUUAUUGUUUUAAUCUUAAUACAGAAAGGUAUUUUUUGUAACUCUGGUCUCUCUGAAUGGUUUGUGAUGUAUCCAGUGCAUUAUAUGUUUGAAAAAAUUCUAAUGAGUUUUAUGUAGAAUGGCCUAUGGAAUUCAGCCUAGUAACUGGUGAGUAGUUAUUUAUGAAUACGGAGUAUGAAAAUGUUGACAUAUUAAAAUAUUAAUAACUCAAUGA